UACUGUUACUACAAAGCUACUUCUGAGAUUCAGGUAUACACUUUAAUCAGCACCCCCAAUAUUCAGUCUCUAGAUCUUCCAUUUGUUUCAUUCUUCAUCAAACAAUAAUUGACAAACAGGUCAUUUAUUUAUUGAUAUUUAAUGGAGCUCAACCAUAGUGGCCCACAUAAUGUAGGCUUAAAUGUUAAAUUAUGUACUUAGGGGUCCUUUGUGCUCCCUGAGCUUGGUUGUUUUGUUGCAGGCAUUUUAUUAUCCAACUAAAUAACGUCAUCAGUGCUUGUUGACUGCAUACUGCUGUUAUCCUUUUCACAAAAGUAUUUUACUUAUCUUUAUUAUAGCAAAACAUACCAUAGCACAUCUUGUACUUUCAAUAUCUUAUCUGACACUUCUGACUUUACACUUUGGAAAAACUGAACUGAAGGAGGACCAGACCCCCAUCAGACAGAUACUCCACCCACAUGCUUAUUCUAAUAGCCAUGCUAGAGGCAAAAGCAACAUGUCCAUUUCUGACCAUUUUCUGGUACAAAGACUAUGGGUAGAGAUGGAACACCUCCCCUUCUUGCUUUGUUGUUCCAAAGCAAACAAAGCACAUAGUGGUGAUAAGUGCUAGUCUGUGCCUUGGCAGUGCAGCUGGAGAACAGUUCUUUGUAUUCUUCCCAGUUUUGAAGCUGGGGGAAAAGAGAGAGGAUCACCUUGCCGUUUGCUGGAUGAUCUGUAUUCAUCUCAGACUUCAUUGAUGAUAAUACAGAAGCCUAGGAAGGCCAUUCCUCAAGUCGGAGAAGAUUCUCAAAAUGGUCAUCUCCCACCUGGCUGGCAAAGUUACAUGUCUCCUCAGGGGCGAAGAUACUAUGUGAACACCUUCACCAAUGAGACUACUUGGGAGCGACCAAGCAGUGUUCCGGGAACUCCAAAGAUUUCAGUGAUCCAGAAGAACUCCUUGCCUACAGUGAACGGAUAUCACAUACCAGGCACAUUGGCAUCCCAGCUAGAGCCAAGCCACAUGAGUCUCCGCAAAAUCAGCAGUGACCCUCAGAGUCCUGGGUCUCCAUCACCUACUCGAAAGCAGAAUAAGGAGAACACCUUUACGAUAAACUGUGUGACUUUUCCUCAUCCUGACACAAUGCCAGAACAGCAGUUGCUAAAACCUUCUGAAUGGAGCUACUGUGAUUAUUUCUGGACUGACAAGAAGGACCCCCAAGGGAACAGCACAGUCUCGGGAUUUGAAAUUCUUUUGCAGAAACAACUGAAAGGAAAGCAAAUGCAGAAGGAAAUGGCAGAGUUUAUUCGAGAAAGAAUAAAAAUUGAAGAAGAAUAUGCCAAGAAUCUAUCUAAACUAUCACAGAACUCGCUGGCUGCCCAGGAAGAAGGGACACUUGGCGAAUCCUGGUCUCAACUAAAAAAAAGCAUGGCUGAUGAAGCAGAGGUUCAUCUUAAAUUUUCCUCUAAGCUUCAGACAGAAGUGGAGAAACCGCUACUCAAUUUCCGUGAAAACUUCAAGAAAGAUAUGAAAAAGUAUGACCAUCAUAUUGCUGAUUUGCGAAAACAGCUGGUUAGUAGGUAUGCAGCAGUGGAAAAGGCUCGAAAAGCAUUAACAGAGAGGCAAAAGGAUUUAGAGAUGAAAACACAGCAGUUGGAGAUAAAACUGAGCAACAAGACAGAAGAGGAAAUUAAAAAGGCCAGGCGGAAGUCUACUCAAGCUGGAGAUGAUCUCAUGCGCUGUGUGGAUUUGUAUAACCAAGCUCAGUCAAAAUGGUUUGAAGAAAUGGUAACCACCUCUCUGGAACUUGAGAGGCUAGAAGUAGAGAGAGUGGAAAUGAUUCGGCAGCACCUUUGCCAAUAUACACAGUUACGACAUGAGACAGACAUGUUCAACCAAAGUACAGUGGAACCUGUGGAUCAGUUGCUUCAGAAAGUGGAUCCAGCCAAAGACAGAGAACUGUGGGUAAAAGAACACAAAACCGGUAACAUCAGACCUGUGGAUAUGGAGAUAUAGACUUCUGUGACCAGGUGGGCUUUUGAGUCCACCCAGUUCGAGGGAAUUCCAUAAAGCUUCAAGAGGAGGAACAGGAGAGAUGUUCCACUGUCAGCUUCCGUAUCUAUUUAUUAUUGUCUGUAGGGACUAUUUCUGUCAUGUUUGAUCAUUAUUCCAUUCCUGUAGUGCUAUGCCUUAAACAUCCAACAUUCCAGGGUUGAGAAGCUACUCUUUUUCCUUCUUUUUGAAACUGGCUCCUAGCAGCCAAGCACGUGCAGCUCCUAUUAUCAAUGGCUGGGUCUGUUUGCUGGUACAAAAAGAAUCUUGCUAUUCUGUGGUUAUCUAUUUUGUGCUACUCCCCUUGCAUGAUGCUCUGUUUUGUAAUGUAACGUUAAGACACAAAUAAGGCUGUGCCAAACAUAUGGACGGAUAAGUUUGAAUGUGAUUCUGGAAGCAGGGAUAUCCUCUGAAUGUUCCCACUGAAUUAGGUGGGGAGUGGGGAGGUGGUUUUACAUCCCCACCUCUUCUCCCAUCUACACUUUAUGAAAUGGACUUUAUAAUGCUUACCUACUUCACAGGGAUGUUGUGAGGAUAAUAUCUGUAGAGUAUUAUGUUUUAACAACCAUUGUCUCCUACAACUGCAAAUGCUAUUGCAAGGCUACAGUGAAAAGGCUUUUUCUGAGUAAAGAAAAUGAGGCCAUGGGUCAAGAGACAAUGUACCCAAAGAAAUCCGCUUGGGUUGGCCCUCUUUUAUACUGUCUCUCAGGUACUUACUAGCUGCAGUCCUCAAGCUGCUUGUGAUCUUUUGACUUCUCUGGGAUCUGCAGAAACGAUCAGAGAAUUGGAACCAUUGACCCCCCAAUAGAAAAAGAGCACUUUCAAGACCCAGUUGCCUCUUAUCAUGGGUGCUCCAAGAGCCUUUGGAAGAGUGUAAGAAACCAAAUUCAAAGUGUAUCUCAAUCUGCAAAGUAACCUUCAUGAGGGUUAGAUUACUUAGAGGCUAAGAUCUUGCCCCUUUCAAUAUGUCUUCCCUGAUUUUCAAUUUUGUGCUCAAGUCUCAGAGAUCUCAGCAAAAUUCAAGUGGGAACUUGGGUUUAGGGAAAGAUACUUCUGGCAGCUAUUUUAAAAAAAAGUGUUUUAUUUUAUAAUGGAGUUUAGGCCAUAUUAAGUCUCAUUAUAAAACUAUCAGAUGGUCAAAAAUCAGCACAAGUGAGUUAAGAAGUGACUAUUAAUCCAGCCAAAGAUGCAUUAUACAGCUAGAUAUUUUCAGAAGUGCAGCUAUUUAUGAUGGUACUACAAAGCCUUACCAAUUGAUCCUGAGCUCCUGUAUUUCAGAAACUGUUGGGGAAAAACCACCAUGUUCUUUGUUCCCCUCCUGUUUUCAUUUGUCUUGCAAUGGUGUUUGUAUAGCACAAAUAUUUGCUUCAAGUAUCAGAACUUUCACUUUUUUUUUUGUACUGCCAAGUAUUUUGUUUGAACAUGUGUCACAAACAUCUUCUCUUCAUUUCUUAAAUCUUUUUUUUUCCUGGAAUGCAUUUGUCAGUUUUUUGACCAGACUUCCCAUCAGCACUAUAACUCUUGUCCUUUCUGCUUUCAAAGUAAUGGUUUUAAUUUAAACUACAGAGAUGUAAUAUAGAUAACCUGAGCCUCUUGAUUUUUUUAAAAAAA